AUGACGGAGGCAUUGAAGGAACAGAUUGGAAAGCUACAAGAACUGCAGGGUCGGAUCCAGGGUUUACGAGCAGUACCGGCUCACGUCUUUCAAACAUCGCGAUUGGGAGGGACAGGGAAAGUGGCAGAGGAGCUUGAAGUGGUGAAGGGAAUAGGAGAAGCAGGAGUGUCUGAGAGUGUGCAGGGGGCACUACAACGGGCACGCGAGAGUCUAGACAAGGAUGGGAGCUCGCUCGGGACGGAGCAUCGGCAAGAAAGGCGGAAACGGAGAGGAGAACGGGCGGCGACGCCGGAGGGAUAUGUGAAUGAGGACCGGAAGAGGACGUCAUUUGUACGACCCGCGACGGAAGAGGGUGUCAAGAUGGAGGGGCUGGGCGAGUGGGCACGUGAGUUCAACCGGACGCACGACAAGAGCAAGCUGCGGAUCCGCGAACGGCUGCUGCGACUGACGGUGGAGGACGUGAUGACGGUCUUCCUGGGCAUUGGUGCUAGCGCGGACGGCCGUGUGCGAGUCGAGACGAUCCGUGCAUUUGGGGCGCGCGAAAAGCCGCAAGCACACGGAGAGUCGGGAUAUUCAGUGUUCCAGCAGCUGACGCAGCAACUGGGGAAGGUGGUGGAGGUGGAGAGCGGUGCGACGCUGCAGACGAUUGUCGAGCUUGUGGAGAGCUACGAUGUUGUGUUUGUGGCGCGGUGUGUGCUGUGUGGGCGUGUUGUGUCGUCGGAGGGGCAUGUGCCGUGCGUUGUGCGGCGGUGGAAUGGGAGUGGCUGGGACGCUGAGCACAUUGGGUGUGUGAUCGAGGGGCCGAUCUGA